AUGCCGCCGGCCCAGCUCUCGAACAAAUUCUCGCACGAAAUCUCGAAGCUCCGCCUCAUCAAGUUCCGGCAGAAGGGCUCGCAAAUCCCUACUCGCUUGUGGGUGGGAAAAAAGCGUAUCCGUAUCCGAACCGUGUCGUUCUACAAGAGCCCGGAGCUUCACGGCGGCACCUGCUCCGGCUGGGGCAUGGGCUUCCGAUGUGGUUAACGGGGGAAGCUCAUUUUCAGCUCGGGCGAUGGCCUGGUUGAGGUGGUGAAAGUCGUCGAAUGAAACUCUCCUGUCCUUCACAGCCUGUUCGAACGAUUGGGCUUGUCGCUGUAGCUCCUCCAUGGCCACGCGGCUGCCUCCU